GCUAUUUUGACCGGUCCAUGGGUAAAAGUAAUCAUCUUACCGUCAUCUGCUAUCAUCAUCAGCCUUCGUAAGCACUUCGCAGUUUCAUUUAUUGCCUCCCUUUGUUGCAUCGUUACUGCUAGUCACACUAAGUGAUUUUUUCCAACGAGGUGAUUGCUUCUGCUGGGUACGACCAGAUUAUGUUGUCUACGCUGUCGUCUUACCAACAUCAGUCAUGAUUUUAAACGCUAUAAUCUGCACAACUGUCAUAUGCAGACGUGUAUUUGGAAGAAGGAGAUUUAGCAGAUCGAUGAGAAGACGAGAGCAAACGCAAAUUGCAUCCAGAAUCGGUGCUGUUUUCCUUAUGCAGCUGUCGAUGGGCACUCCAUGGGCUCUGCAAUAUCUCACGCUUUACACUCCUCACACCACGGCGUGGCACUACAUUUUUACCAUUGUGAUGGGAUCACAAGGUACAAUGUUGGCCCUGCAGUACCUCUACAAGAGACAGAAGUCAUUGUAUUUUUAUCGUGAUCCUCAUAAUGUGAGCCAUAGGACAAAAGAAGAAUCUUUGUCGGAAUGAUUGAAGAGGCUAUCUGUACAGAUAAACUUUGUUGUGUAUAUCCGCGUCAUAUAAUUUAUGUUACAAGUUUUGAGUACCUUAACAUUGCUGUUAAACUAGGAUGACC